AUGGCCACCUCUAUCUACUUCACUACCCUUACUCAAGCCCCUCCCAUCGUUCACUCACACCUCUUCCAAAUAUCCUUUUCACUUCACUCCUCGUCCUCGUCUCACUCAUCACCCUCCUUCAACUCUUCCUACCUCAAUCACACUACUACUCUCCCAUCUCUCUCCCUCUGUGCCCAUCCACGCAGUCCCCACCGGCAUGGCGAGUUGGAGGGAGAUGAGUUAAUCACUAGGUCGUCUCAAGCCCAACACGGGUUCGACAGCAGAGUGGCGUAG